AUGGAAAAUACUGGAAAUAAAUCUCUGCAUAAAACUCAGAAAAUAUCAUUUGCAUCUCAGAUUCUGUUAAGAGUGUUGGCCAUUGCAUGUACAUUGGCUGCUACAUGGCUUGUCAUCACUAGCGAGCGUGGUUUCCGGGAUCGUGGUCAAUGCACGUUCAUUGCACUUGCAAAUAUUAUUGCUUGUGCAUUUUCAGUUCUGUCUUUGUUUAUUAUUUUCCUCCUUGGUUACAAGGCUGUGGAUUCAAGAAAUUACUUCAUCAUCUUUCUGUACGACUUGAUUUUGACAAUGUUGUUGAUGGCAGGAUGCGCAGCAGCAACCGUGAUAGGGUACUUGGGGAAAUAUGGGGAAGGCCACACUGGUUGGACUGGGAUUCGCGACCAUUUUGCCAAAUAUUGCAAAAGAAUUACGUUAUCUGUUGUGCUGUCGUUUUUCUCUGUUGUGUUCUAUCUUUUACUCACUGUUACUGAUUCUUCUGCAGGUCCCUCUUCACCUUAUCAGGAGCCUCAACCGCCCUCUGUUGAAUCUGAUGUUACUCCACUUCUCACUCCUCCGCCUCCUGCUCCAGCUCCUCAUAUGGGUUCUCAUCCCAUGUCAGCCCAACAGCAAGCAGCAGUCCGACUCCAUAGGUCAGCCCAUCAGCUUCACCAUAGCUCAUAG